AUGGUUCAUGCGAAAUCUAGAAUAGAAUCCCACGAACGGAUCAGCAAAAUCGAUUGUACGAAUGGAUUUGAUGAACAGAAUUGUAAUAAACUCGAGUUGAAUGAAUGCGAUGAAACAAAUGAAUAUCGUUGUCUCAAUGGACAAUGUAUUGAUAAAGUAUUCUAUCGUGAUCAAUAUCCUGAUUGUGCGGAUCAUUCAGACGAGAAGUUUACAUCUGCACGAUCAUGUUUCCAUAACUUUGGUAUACAAUGUGAAGAACGAUGGUGUCCUUCAAUGUGGUUUUCUUGUGGAGAUGGUCAUUGUUAUGAUGGACCCAAUAUUAAUGAUAAAAACUCAUGUGCGUCACAACGAGAUCGCCUUUAUUUGAAACAAAUGAUGCCAUCAACACUUAUCUUGUUUUCUCAUGUGACGCUUGUGUACAAAGAUAAUAAGCCAGAAUUGAUUUGCUAUAACGAAUCAUUGUGUCCGUAUCUUUUCAAAAAUGAUUACUUCACUGCAAACAUCAUGUCAAUCAAUGGUUCAACAUGCCAAUUGUUAAAUAAUCAAACAUUCACAAAUCCAGUUCAUGAUGUCAAACGUCUAGUGCGUUCAUGUUCACUGCUACCUCAUAUCCAAGAGUUCGAUCAAUGUUUGUCCUUCCAGUGUACUGAUGGCAGUAAAUGUUUAUCACAUCAUCGACUGUUAGAUGGUUACGAAGAUUGUUCGAAUGGUGAAGAUGAACGUCAAAAUAAUACUUGUACACUAAAUCAUUCCUAUCGAUUCACAUGUGAUUCGGGAACACGAUGCAUUCAUCCAUGGGCGGUAGCUAACAGAAUUGUAAAACCAUGGGACUCUGGAAACCCUUUUCAACCGCCUAGUAUUCCAGGCUCGAAAUCUCCAUAA